CCCACCCACAGCCGCCACGCACUCAACAAUGACCCCAACAAUCCUCUUCGUUCCCGGCAUCUGGGAAGGUCCAUCCGUCUUCGACCGCAUCUCAUCCCUCCUCACCGCCGACGGCUUCAACGUCGAGACAGCCGCUCUCCCAAGUACAGGAACCAUCUCCCCGGGAAAUCCGAGUAUGAAAGACGACAUCGCCGCAGUGCAUCAACACCUUAAGAAGAUCGUCGAACGCGACCAAGAAGUCUUACUCGUCCUCCACUCCGCGGGCGGGUUCAUCGGCAGCGAAGCUAUGGAAGGUCUUGAUAAGAAUGCACGCGAAAAGCAGGGGAGAAAGGGGGGUGUUAUCGGGAUCGUCUUUAUAGCUGGGGCGGUGGUGCCGGAGGGAUAUGUGCAUCAGCCGUUGCCGUUUGCUGUUUACGAGAGUGGGGCGUGCUACUGUGUUCAGCCGGAGGUGACGCUUUUUGGGGAUUUGGAGAAGGAGGAGAGGGCGAAGUGGGCGGCGGUGCUUAGGCCGCAGCCUGCGGACGGAUGGAGGGGCACCACUACGUAUGCUGGGUGGAGGGUGGUGCUGAGUGUGUAUCUUCUCUGUGAGGGGGAUAAGAGUCUUUCUAUAUCGCUGCAGGAGCAGUUUGCAGAUUUGGCUGGGAGUAAGCUCGUGCGGUGCAGCGCUGGCCAUGUGCCGCAGUUGAGUCAGCCUCAUAGGGUUGUGGAGGUUAUUAAGGAUGCGGUUUCAGCUUGAAGGCUUUGGUUCUUCUAAC